AUGAGAUUGUGGACCACAUCACUGAUUAAACGGAUACUAAGCAUAGAAUAUAAGAAAUAUACUACAAUGAGUGCAAAGCGUGUUGCUGUGUGCCAAAUGACAUCAGUGGGGGACAAGGCGCAGAAUAUGAAAGUUGUAUCACAACUAGUUAAUAAUGCUGCUAAAGAUGAUGCUCAAAUGAUUUUCUUCCCUGAAGCCUGUGAUUUCAUCUGUGAUAAUAAAAAAGAUACACUUAGUUCUGCAGAAUCAAUUUUAUCUGGUAAUACUGUUAAGCAGUAUCGAGAAUUAGCAGCAAAGCAUAAUGUGUGGUUGUCUAUGGGAGGUGUACAUGAAAAGAAUGACACAGAUUCAACAAAAAUCUUUAAUACACACAUAAUAAUUGACAACAAUGGAGAAAUAGUACAAACAUAUAGAAAGCUGCAUUUAUUUGAUGUUGAAAUACCAGAGAAGAAUAUAAGGUUAAAAGAGAGUGACUUCUGUGCCCCAGGAGGGCAUAUUGUGUCGCCAGUUGAGAGUCCUGUGGGAAAAAUUGGUAUGUCAAUAUGCUAUGACAUGCGAUUUCCUGAACUCAGUACAUCACUGAGUAUACUCAACGCAGAGAUCUUGACUUUUCCAUCAGCCUUUACCUACGCGACUGGAGCUGCGCAUUGGCAUUUAUUAUUGAGGGCAAGAGCCAUAGAGAACCAAUGCUAUGUAAUCGCAGCUGCUCAAACAGGACAACAUAACGCUAAGCGGCGCUGCUACGGGCACGCGCUUUGCGUGAGCCCCUGGGGCGAAGUCCUAGCGGAUUGCGAAGAGGAGUCACCGUGCUAUAAAGUAGUGGAAAUCGGAGAUUGUAGGGAUGUUAGAAAAAAUAUGCCAGUUUUCCAACAUAGAAGGCCGGAUGUAUAUUCCCUGUACGCGUUAAGUGUGCGCAAGAGUCUAUUACCAGAACAUUCAACGAAACAGUUAUCAGCCGAAAGUCAAACUUCUGAUACGUUUGAAAAUGAACCAAUGAACACAUUUGGACAUGUUAAAGUGCCUGAGAGCUGCGUUUUUUAUAAGUCGAAGUUAACUUACGCGUUUGUGAAUUUGAGGUGCGUGAUUCCGGGUCACGUGUUGAUAGCGCCUCUGAGGAUGGCGGAACGGAAUCAGGACUUAAGCGAAGAGGAGGCCGCGGACUUUUAUAAAACCAUACGACUUGUACAAAAGCUCAUGGAAAAAGUUCACAACACUCGCGCGUGUACUGUGACGAUACAAGAUGGACCCGAUGCGGGACAAACUGUCAAGCAUCUACACUGCCACAUAUUACCAAGGAAAAAGGGAGAUUUCAUAGACAAUGACUUGAUAUACUUGGAGUUAGCGAAACAUGAUCAAUUUACAUCAAAACACCCGGCAAAGCCUCCACGGACUCUUUCAGAGAUGAGAAGCGAAGCUGCAAUGUUAAGAGACGAACUUGAGAAAAUGUCCAAACAAAGUUGA